GAAAGCCUCUUGCUGGAAAGUAGAUAUAAAAGAUACUUGUAUGUUGAGUUUUGUUUAUUACUUUUUGAGAGAGUGCCUUCCUGGUACUUUGGGCUCACGGUCAUUACCCCACAAGGUUCUGAAGAAGAGAGGUCAGUAUCUAGUUUUGGGUCUAAAAGGUUGCUAACCACUGCUAUAGUAGUUAGGCAUUGUGGGAGUUUAUUUUCCUCAGCCUUUAGAUAAAUGUUUACUCAGACCUACCUAGAUUCUAGUUUGGGCUUUUUCCUCUGGCUGUUGCCAUUGGGGAAAGGAUAUACAGGCCAGUAUUAAGAUUCCCUAUGAGUUUUCUGCUGCUGUCUAAAGGCAUAUGUAAUAUUUUUUCAGUGUUAAAGGUGAGGAAAAAUGGGCCAGUGGCCUAAAAAUGUAUCUAUGACCCUGAUAAAACUACUACUUCUCCUAAAUCUUCCAUGCAGGUGUUUUAACCGCUUGUUUGCCACUGGCUCUUCCUUGGUUUUCCCAACCACCACCUUGCCUAGAUUCUCUGGAUACGCUAACCCUAGCUUGGCCUUGGUGUGGAUUCCUUUGUCUACUAGCAUAGUCCGGAUAAGAUUGGAGUCUUUUUUUUUUAAGGAACAACAUUAAGAAUCCAAGGUCUUCUCUGUCGAUUGAAAUGUCUAUGAUUUUAUCUGCCUCAGUCAUUCGUGUCAGAGAUGGACUGCCGCUUUCUGCUUCUACUGACUAUGAACAAGGCACAGGCAUGCAGGAAUGCAGAAAGUAUUUUAAAAUGCUCUCGAGGAAACUUGCUCAGCUUCCUGAUAGAUGUACACUGAAAACUGGACAUUAUAACAUUAAUUUUAUUAGCUCUCUGGGAGUGAGCUACAUGAUGUUGUGCACUGAAAAUUACCCAAAUGUUCUGGCCUUCUCUUUCCUGGAUGAGCUUCAGAAGGAGUUCAUUACUGCUUAUAACAUGAUGAAGACAAAUACUGCUGUCAGACCAUACUGUUUCAUUGAAUUUGAUAACUUCAUUCAGAGGACCAAGCAGCGAUAUAAUAAUCCCAGGUCUCUUUCAACAAAGAUAAAUCUGUCUGACAUGCAGACGGAAAUCAAGCUGAGACCCCCUUAUCAAAUUUCCAUGUGUGAACUCGGGUCAGCCAAUGGAGUCACAUCUGCAUUUUCUGUUGACUAUAAAGGUGCUGGUAAGAUUUCUUCUGCUCACCAGCGACUGGAACCAGCAACUCUGUCAGGGAUUGUGGCAUUUAUCCUUAGUCUUUUAUGUGGAGCUCUGAAUUUAAUUCGAGGCUUUCAUGCCAUAGAAAGUCUCCUGCAGAGUGAUGGUGAGGAUUUUAAUUACAUCGUUGCGUUUUUCCUGGGAACAGCAGCUUGCCUUUACCAGUGUUAUUUACUUGUCUACUACACCGGCUGGCGGAAUGUCAAAUCUUUUUUGACUUUUGGCUUAAUCUGUCUAUGCAACAUGUAUCUCUAUGAACUGCGCAACCUCUGGCAGCUUUUCUUUCACGUGACUGUGGGAGCGUUCGUUACACUACAGAUCUGGCUAAGGCAAGCCCAGGGCAAGGCUCCUGAUUAUGAUGUUUGACACCGUCCUUCAGACAUACUGCCUUGGCUGCCGGGGGAAAGAGGAGGGAGCAUAUCUUAACUGCCACUGUGAUAAAGAAACUGUUCACCACAAACGAGAAGCUCUGCUUUCUUUCUCUCCAACUGUCCUUUUUAUUUUAAGUCAGCAUGGCAUGCUUGGGAGCAUGCAAUACCUGCUAGGCAAACUCCUCUCAGAAGAAUGUUGGCCGUAAGAUUAUUAUUCAGAGUCGGAAAAGACGACUUCUCUGCGGGGCUGUAACAGUGAAAGAAGUCAGACGCCAUUGGAAGAUCAGCCAGCAGGCCCGAAUCCUUCUGAAGAGUUCAAUCAAAAAAUAGAUGUGGUACUUGCUCUGAGGACCAAGCAGGAGCUCACCACCUAGGUUUGCCUUUGUGAGGCGUUAGUAGAGAGCAAAUAAAAAGAUGCUGCAGUAAAUUGGAAAGUUUAUGUUUAAAACAAAUGACUUGCUAAAUGUCAGAUUAUUAGCGUAUUUAUGGUACCAUGAGUUUGUGAAGUCCAGGAUGUUGUGGGAUUGGUUCUUUUUUAUUUUUACUUGAAUCUUAACUCUGGAAAUCCCCUGACGUAGAAGGCUGUGGUAAACUCAUCUCUGGAACAUCACAAGUAUUGAAAAUACAUUGACGUGUUUCCUUUUUAGACCACGCUUGUAGUUUCUUUCAAAAUCACUUUUUAAAAAUAUGAUUUGUUACAUUAUAGCCAUUGUUUCCCAAACUUCAGUCACAUGAGUAGUACAUAUACUAUUAUUUACUUAAUAUUUAUCUUUUAAAUUUUAAAAUAUUUUUGUUUGUUUGUUUUGUUUUUUUGUGUGUGUGAGGAAGAUCAGCCCUGAGCUAACAUCUGUCGCCAAUCCUCCUCUUUUUGCUGAGGAAGACUGGCCCUGGGCUAACAUCCGUGCCCAUCUUCCUCUACUUUAUAUGGGAUGCUGCCACAGCAUGGCUUGACAAAUGGUGUGCAGGAUCCCAACCUGCAAACCCCGGGCUGCCGAGACAGAGUGCGUGCACUUAACCACUGCGCCACUGGGCCGGCCCCUUAAAAUAUUUAUAAAAGAAAUUAAUCUCUACUCCAAGAGGAAAACCAGCAUGAGUUUGCCAUAAAUAAAAGGUAACUACAAAAUAAAUAAAAUUAAAACAAAAAAUGUUAUUAAAUUCUAGCUAGAUACUAAUGCCUGCCACGGCUCUGAAUCCAAGAGGCCUGCUCUUUUUUUGUUGGAGUGAGAGAGAUGUGACCCAGCACCAAAAUGGAGCUCUCUCUGUAGAAUUAAAACAGAAGGAUAAAAGAAAAGUGUAAAGGGAAUGACAUUCUCACUGUGAUUCAGCAUUAUUUAAUUCCGUGUUGUGUACCACCUAAAAUCAUCUUAUGUGCCACCAGUGGUGUGGGUCCUGCACUGUGGGGACACUGAACUGUGCUAAGAAAAUCAGAGGUGACUUUUCUCCCAGCGAUUCUUAUUAUUUUAUGGCUUUGAGGAGUUAAGCACCUAGUAUCUUAGAGAACUUACUUGCUUUUUGAUAACAUUAUAAAGAUUGUUCAAGCAGUUAUGAAUUAAUAAUAUAGGAAGCACAGUUUGAUUCCAUUAGCAAAAUCUAGAACUCUCCUAGAUUUGGAAGUUAUCUUCAUGCGUGAUUUUCUUUUGUUUUUUAAAGAAAGGAUUCCAAACAAGGAAUUCAUAAGGUACUAAAAUUUGAUAUCUGGAAAAAUAGUGGACCCAUUAUGUAUAAUUCAUGUCCCUGGACGUAUUUAGUAAGUAGAAGAAAAGUCCAGGAGGGUAAAGUCACUGAACUACCUUGUUUGCCAGAACAAGUAUUCGUAGGUAUGUAUGUCUACAACCGCAAAAUCUUGCUUAUCCAGAAUCUUUUUGCUGCACUCUUCUUUUAGGAGAAUGAGGCAUCAGGGAUUUAUUUAAAACGAGAAACUCCAGUUCAAUUUUCUGCCUCUAACAAAACUGCAUAGAAAUUAUGUAUAUUCUGAGAGAUACUCCAGGGUACCACAUGACCCUAAAUCAUCAAAAUAAAAUUGAUUUAUGUUUGGUAUUUUGUACUUACCGAGCCAGGAAAGUGAAGAGAUUCAAUUACUAAUGGUUAAAACAAUAAAAGUUUUCUUGUAAAUAGUCAA